CAAUCCAUGAGUUUCCCAGGGAUUACUUCACCAACCAGGAGCGUGUUGAUGGAGCAGUGGGCCUGCACGUCCUCUGUGCGGUCUACAUGUUCUAUGCCCUGGCCUUGGUGUGUGACGACUACUUUGUCCCCUGUCUAGAGAAGCUCUGUGAGCGACUUCAGCUGAGCGAGGAUGUAGCAGGAGCGACCUUCAUGGCAGCUGGAAGUUCUGCACCUGAACUGUUCACCUCUGUCAUUGGAGUUUUCAUCACGAAAGGUGACGUCGGGGUCGGCACCAUCGUUGGCUCCGCCGUCUUCAACAUCCUCUGUAUUAUUGGAGUGUGUGGCAUAUUUGCCGUACAGGCAAUCCAUCUCACCCGCUGGCCUCUCAUCAGAGACUCUACAUACUACACCCUGUCGAUCACAGCUCUCAUAGUGUUCAUAUAUGACGAAAAAAUUGUUUGGUGGGAAGCUCUGACGUUGGUUCUGAUGUAUUUCGUCUACAUUUUCAUAAUGAAGAUGAACUCCUACGUUGUUCGUUUUCUGGAGAGGCGGACGAAGAAUUUGUCCAGUCUGAGAAAUGGAGUGGCCUCUAACGGCGAGCUUGAAGAUGGCUGUGAUGCUACAUCUGUUCUACUGAAGAAAGCGAACCACCACAGGAAGCCUUCUGUGCUGAUGGUGGACGAGCUGCUGUCAGCCUACCCCCACCAGCUGUCCUUCUCUGAGGCGGGCAUGAGAAUCAUGAUCACCGACCACUUCUCUCCGAGGACCAGGCUCACCAUGGCUUCACGGAUGCUCAUCACAGAG